CUCUUACCCCACUCCUCUGACCCAAGCAUAAAUCUAUAACUAACCUUCAUAAAUCAUCCUGCCAUUACUGUUCACUGAACUCGACCUCUAGAGGGCCUCUGCGCUUCCAUUCUCUCCCACCAAAAGCAAGUACUCAUCCAACCUCCACUGUCACACACGAUGGUCCUUCAGGUCCACGGCAGCCCGAUCGGCGUGACGUCCAUCGUCAUUGCUGGAUUGGCAAGCAUGGGCGGGUUUUUGUUCGGAUAUGACACAGGACAGAUUGCCUGUAUGAUCAUCAUGCCUGACUUUCAGCGUCGCUUUGCUACUGGUCCCAUUGGCUCCGAUGGCCUGCCGGCAUGGAACUCCUGGAUUGAAGGUCUCAUCACCAGUUUCCUUUCCAUCGGAACGGCAAUUGGCGUCCUCUGCGGAGCUCCUCUAGCUGAUGGCCUUGGACGUCGUCAUGCUAUGUCCGUAGAGGUGGGCGUCUUCCUCGUUGGUGUCAUUAUUCAGGUUACGGCCUUCACUGCAUGGUACCAGGUCGCCAUUGGACGCUUGGUGACUGGUCUUGCGAUCGGAGCUCUGUCUGCCGCUGUACCUCUUUACCAGUCCGAGACUGUGCCGCGACAGGUGCGAGCUGCUCUGGUGGCUACAUACCAGCUCUUCAUUACCUUCGGUAUUCUCGUCGCCUAUCUCAUCGGUAUCGGAACAGACCAGAUCUCCAACUCGGCUUCGUGGCGUCUACUCAUUGCCUUGAGCAUUCCCUUUGCGCUCCUCUUGGGUAUCGGAAUCCAGUUCUGCCCAGAGUCGCCUCGAUGGCUCGCAGCACGAGGCCGCAAUGACGAAGCCUACAAGAGUCUGGCCAACGUUCGAGGCUGUACAGUGGAGGAGAGCAACCCAUGGGUGGAGCAGGAGUACGCUGAUAUCCUGGCCCUGGUUGAAUCCGACAAGAAGCUCGAGCCCGCUGGUUGGGCAGCCUGCUUCCGACCGCAGCGCAGAACCCUGUACCGUACGCUCCUCGGAAUUACUCUCCAAGCAGGACAGCAGUUUACUGGCGCGAAUUACUUCUUCUACUAUGGCUCUACCAUCUUCACAGGUGCAGGUCUUUCGAACGCUUUCUAUACUCAAGCCAUUCUGGGAGCAGUGAACUUCGUCUGCACCUUUGGUGGUCUAUACAUCCUCGAGACCUAUGGUCGACGUUUGCCGCUCAUUUAUGGGGCUGCAGGUAUGUCCGUCUGGUUGUGCGUCUUUGCGACUGCUGGCGUGGCUGGAAACGCCAACACCAAGCCGAUUGCAGACCUUCAAAUUGUUUCUGCCUGCUUCUUCCUCUUGUUCUACGCCACAACUUGGGCACCCGGUAUCUGGCUCUUCGUGGGUGAAUCCUUCUCUUACAGGACUCGAGCCAAGCAGGCUUCCCUCGCAACGCUGGCCAACUGGGUGUCCAACUUCUUGAUUUCGUACUUCUCGCCUGCCAUUGCGAGCGCGAUCGACUUUGGCUACGGCUACGUCUUCAUGGGAUGCAACAUCGCCAACUGUAUCAUUGCAUACUGCUUUGUAUACGAGACUGAAUCGCUCACUCUCGAGGCCGUGGACCAGCUGUACAAUGCUGGCAUCCCAGCAUGGCGUUCCCGCAAGUGGGUACCAGAGGGCUACGAGUCUCGAGACCAGGUCAAGGCGCAGGACUCGAUGGACGACAACGCCACGCACAUCGACGACCCUUCGCCUCAGUGGAAGUCCAAGCCCGAUCCUCUGACGGGAGAGGAGACCGACAAGGCUCGCAAGAACCCUGGUGUCAAGGGUAUGACACAGACAGCCUAAGGCUGUGUUAUGCGAAGCGCGAGAGCGUCUUCCACAAGAGCGGCUUAUGCGAGUGCGCGGGCAUGUGCAGCCGCACGUGGGUGUGCUUGCCACCCAUUCCUUCUCAAGGUACGGCCAGGGCCGAUUUGGAUUCCCUGUACCUCUGUCAAUAGCUUGUCUCCAUAAAGACAUGAGCGAAUCAUUGCAAUUUAGCUCUUCAGAUUUUCAUCCUGA